AUGUCAGACAUCUCGGACGUGGAUGCUUUUGACCAGCAACAGGAAAAGCUCCUUUUGGAGCAGAGUAUGCGUGGAGACAGACGUCGUCACUAUGACCACAUGGAGAUGAGUGACGAGGAGGUUAUGGGAUUCAAGCCCAGCGACUCUGAGGAUGAGGAAGACGACGAUGAUGAGAUUCUCGACCGAGAGGAAGAAGACGACGGAGAGGCCCAGGAGGCCUGGGGCAAGGGAGAGCUUUACGGUGCCGAUGAGAUCGAGGACGAGGAGGAUCGAAAGCUGGAAGCUGAGGAGGCUCUCAAGCUUCAGAAGAAGCAGGCCAAGCAGAUGAAGGAGAGUGAUUUCCUUGGAGAGUGGGCCGCCGACGACAGUGAUGAUGAGGACGAGGAGGAUGCAGAUCUUGCUACAGCCGGCAAGGGUGUUCGAGAGAGCAUUCCUGUCAAGCCUAUCGAGUCCAUGUCUUCUAAGGAGCAGUAUGAUCAGCUUGUUCGACUCAACCCCGAGCUGGUUCUCAUGAACGCUGAGCUUGCCAAAGUGACUGAGGAGAUGGCUGCGCUGAACAAGGCUGAGGAGGAUGAGGAUGAUGAGCCUGAAAUCGUGGAGAUCAAAAAGACGGCUCUUCGAACUUACAUUGGAGUGCUGAACGCCUACUUUGCGCUGUUCAUGGACUCCGUCAAGAACGGAAAAGCCAAUAUGAAAGAUCACAUCAUCAUGGAAGCCAUUCUAAAAGCCCGGGAAAUGUGGCGAAUGGCCCAGGAGAUUGGUCUGCCCGAGGAGGAGGUUGAUGAGAUGGCUUCUGAUGAGGAGAUGGUCUCUGAGGGUGCUGAGCUGAUGGAUGCUUCUGCCGCCGAGAGUGACGUCUCUGACGAUCUCGAUCUGUCUCGAUUCCGACGACGACCUGAAGACGAUUUCGAGGAUGUGGAAGAAGUGGAGGAAGAAGUUGACUCUGACGACGAGCUUGCUCUGCCCACCUCUUUCAAGGCCAAGAAGUCCAAGUCCAAGAUCUCUGCUGUGCCCGACUAUGGUGAGCAUGCUAUUAAUGACGUUGAUCAGGCUGACAAGGACCGACGAAAGCGAGAUCUACGGUUCUAUACCGCCAAGAUCGACAAGCAGGCUCGAGGACGAGAACAGGAGGAGAUUGAGGGAGACGCUGACCUACCGUACCAGGACCGAUGGUACGAGCGACAGCAGCAGCUCAAGGAAAAACAGGCCGCCCACAUCAAGGACUCGGGAGAGCAUGAUCUCUACGACUCUGGAGACGAGGGAGGAUCUGCUGAUGACUACCAGGAAAUGUCCUCCAAGAAGAGCGCUGGUGGAGAUGAUGACGAAGAUGUGGAUGAGUUUGUUGCUGCCCUCAAGGCCAAGAAGCAGCAGCGAAAGGCGGAGCGAGAAGCCAUGCAUGAGGUCUACCUCGACGCCAAGAAGGGCAAGAUUGACGUGGAAAAGCUGGACGACAACGGAAAGCGAGCCAUCAAUUACCAGAUUCUCAAAAACAAGGGUCUCACGCCACACCGAAAGAAGGAGAAUCGAAACUCGCGAGUCAAGAAGCGAAUCAAGUACGAGAAGGCCAAGAAGAAGCUUGCCAGUACCCGGGCCGUCUACAAGCAGCCUACUGGUGCCUACGCUGGUGAGAAGACCGGUAUCAAGAAGAACCUGGCUCGAUCUACCAAGUUCCGGGAGUAA